AUGGAGGAAGGAAACCUUCCUCCAUGGAUGAACAUUCCAAUAACAGAAACAGAGCCCUUAGUCGGCCAUCUGCCAUCUUCACACACACGACACACCCAGCCCAGUGACAACCCAACCCUACGCGCCUUCCCUCGUCGAUGGAUGUCAAACAUGCCGAAGAGAAAAUCGAGUGGUGAUUCGGGGAAGGAAAUAAAGAAAAGAGAACUUUUAUCUGAAGUAGCAAAAGGAAAGCUACCGUUUCUGACUCCCGCUGAUGCAACAUUUGAGUCUUUGAUGAAAGAGAAAUAUUCAAACUUUGCACAUGAGCCGCAAUCCUGUAUCCCUGAGUCUCUGCAAGAAGAUCUAACAUGGGCUUUGAAUGUACUCUAUUACCAUGGUUACUUCUAUCGGGAUUGGGUCAAGGUGAAAGGUCAAACGGUCCAGACCCCAAUCUCCCGUACAUUAGUCGGAGAACCGGGGACAACUUACAAAUAUCUAGGUCUGCGUUUGUUCACCAUCCCUUGGUCCUUCGGGGAUGUCCAACCGGAGAAUGAGAUUGAGAUUGCCUGCGGGGUGAUCGGGAAACUGAACGAGCACUUUAAGGUAGCUUCAAGAAAACUUCUGUUGGAAAAGGAGAAUGAGAGGCUAGAGAGAGCAAUAACAAGAACUAAGAGUGAUGAAGGAACUCCGUCUUGUUUAGACAAAGAGGAAAGUCGUGGAUGUGAAUCUCGGGAUGGUGGAAUUCUUUCCGUCGAUGACGGCACCAACUUCAAUGUUGCACUCAUUAAUUAUAUGGACCCUACGGACCUAGACGUGAGGUUGAAGCCAGAGCCGUAUUAUGGGAUGGGAUCUCUGGCAGUCAGCUGGCACAUGGAUGGCAAUCUGGUUAGAGGAUCCACCGUAGCUGUGUACAGUCAAACAUACUCAGAUGAAGAUGAUGAUUCCAUUGAUCAAACAGACUGGAAGGUUGGCCUGAAGGUGUCGUGGGACAUAGAGACCCCCGGGGUGGCUAUCCCAUUAGCAUCGGGGGAAUCUUACUUCAUGUUGGGCAAUCUGAAUGACACCCAUCAACACUGUGUAAUAACCGGCAGCCAAUCACGCUUCAGCUCCACUCAUAGAGUCGCCGAUAGCCGUAAAGGAACACUUAGGUACAUCAAGGGGAGAUGUCAAGAAGCUCUAUGCAACCUUCUUGAGGAGACAAGUGGAGAUUAUCAUCUGAGAUCCUGUGAUGCCUUACAUCUUCAGCUAACUGAGACCAUCCAUAAUGAGGUGGAGUUUGAAUGGCUGCGUCAGUUCUGGAUGCAGGGAACCAGGCAUGCUACAGAGAGAAGAAGUUGGUUACCAGCUAUUGAAGCUCUUGAGGAGGAAUGGGUCAAGAUGGAGCACAUAACAAAGCUUGCCAUUGACAAAACUAACCGAGACACAGAGGAAAGCAUUGCCAUUGCGAGGAUUCUCCGUCCAUUUCUUAAAGAGAGACAGAAACUCAGAAAGCAGUGUCUUGAAAAGUUUUCACCAAGGCUCCUAGACACGAUUCACCCAGACUACUUACCUGUCCACAGACCCAAGUGGGAGGACGGUGACCCCUUGCGACCUCUACCCUUUGACCUCAGUGAUGUCAUCAAUAAGAUAGGAGUUGUAUGUAAGAGUAACAGACCACAUGAGAGCAGUGACUCGGAUGCCUCCAUAGACUCAAAAGACUCAUGAUAGAAAAAGACAAACUGGCAUAUUAGAAAGCAUUUCAAAGACACUGGACACUAUUGGUAAUUGUCA